UAUAUCCGACCUUUACAUACAUUUUUAUUUGCCGAAUUUUAUUUUUCAUUUUGUGUCAGAAAGAAUACGGGCAAACAUAUGGAACAAUUUCGUGUAUUAUACACACGACAAAAAACUCAAAAAUAUAAAAAAUGGAAUGAUGGAAUGUUAACAUGUUUAAGUUGUAAUGGCUUGAGAACACUUAAACUUUAUUCCACUCAAGAAAAUGAAGAUAAAUUAGUUGAAGCUAUGACUAUAGUUGAAGCAGCAUGGAAAGCAGCAUUACAUAAUUUUUACAUCCAAUCACCCCUGUACCUUAUUAAUUUACUACAGGAACCCAUUAGUGAACAAUUAACAGCAAUUUCAAAGGAAAAUACAGAAUAUUAUUGUAAGAAAAAAAUUGUGGGAAACCUUCAUACUACCAUAAUUGAUAAGUGCAGUAAGAAGAACAGAAAAAACAACAAAACAAUAAGUGAUAUUUGUAACACCGAAAAUUCCACUAUUGUGUUGCCUUUUCUGCAUUUGCACCAUGUCUAUUCUCAUUUAAAAUUUCCUUUGUUAAAUUAAAAAACAGAAAUUCUUUUUUUCAGCAAAGUUCAAUAUAUUCCUCAAAC